GCGCGAGACGGGCGGGUGCUCGCCGAGGCGCUCGGAGGCUGGUGCCGGGGACUCGCUGUCUUUUCCAGCUGGCGUGACGCGUGUCUUCCGGAAGAGUCAGGCGCGCGGCCCGAGGGACGCACGGUGACAAAGCGAUACCUUCCAUCUGUUUACUCCCUGAAUAGCCACAACAGCCAGGGCUGGACCAAGUUGAAGCCAGGAAUUCCAUCCGGGUCUUCCACAUGGGUGGCAGCCUUAUACAGGAUGCUGUGUUCCUUACUCCUUUGUGAAUGUCUCUUGCUGGUAACUGGUUAUGCUCAUGAUGAUGAGUGGAUUGACCCCACAGACAUGCUCAACUAUGAUGCUGCUUCAGGAACAAUGAGAAAAUCUCAGGUGAAAUAUGGUAUAUCACAGAAAAAGGAUGCUGGUCCUGACUCAUCGGAUGCUGAUGAAAUGGCAGAAUGUUACCGCAGACUUGAUUCUUUAACUCAUAAGAUUGAUGAAUGUGAAAAGAAAAAGAAGGAAGACUAUGAAAGUCAAAGCAAUCCUGUUUUUAGGAGAUACUUAAAUAAGAUUUUAAUUGAAGCUGGAAAACUUGGACUUCCUGAUGAAAACAAAGGAGACAUGCAUUAUGAUGCCCAGAUUAUCCUUAAAAGACAAACCUUGUUAGAAAUACAGAAGUUUCUCAGUGGAGAGGACUGGAAACCAGGAGCCUUGGAUGAUGCCCUAAGUGAUAUUUUAAUUAAAUUUAAGCUUCACGAUUUUGAAGCAUGGAAGUGGCGAUUUGAAGAUUUCUUUGGAGUGGACCCAUACAAUGUGUUAAUGGUGCUUCUGUGCCUGCUUUGCGUCGUGAUGUUGGUAGCUACCGAGCUGUGGACGUACGUCCGCUGGUACACACAGUUGAGACGUCUUCUGUUCAUCAGUUUUCUCUUCAGCUUGGGAUGGAAUUGGAUGUAUUUAUAUAAGCUUGCUUUUGCGCAGCAUCAGGCCGAAGUUGCCAAGCUGGAGCCAUUUAACAAUGUAUGUGCUGAGAAGAUGGAUUGGACAGGAAGUCUCUGGGAAUGGUUUAGAAGUUCGUGGACCUAUAAGGAUGACCCCUGCCAAAAAUACUAUGAGCUGUUACUAGUCAACCCUAUUUGGCUGGUCCCACCAACAAAGGCACUGGCAGUUACAUUCACCAAUUUUGUUACGGAGCCAUUAAAGCACAUUGGAAAAGGAACUGGUGAAUUUAUUAAAGCGCUUAUGAAAGAGAUCCCAGUGUUACUUCAGAUUCCAGUGCUGAUAAUUAUGGCGUUAGCUGUACUGAGUUUCUGCUAUGGUGCUGGGAAAUCGGUGAACUUGCUGAGACACCUGGGUGGUCCUGAGAGUGACCCUCCCCUGGCGCUGGAGCCAGGCGCCAGACGACUGCGGAAGGAGGUUGAUUACAGACCCCGUGGUGGAGCAGGUGAUGCAGAUUUCUAUGCUAGGGGCCAAACUGGCCGCCUUGAGCAAGGCCCUUAUGACAGAACGUAUGAGGGUAGAAGAGAUGUCCCGAGAGAGAGAGAUGUCGACUUGAGAUUGCAGACUGGCAACAAGAGCCCGGAACUGCUCCAGGCGUUUGACAUUCCAGACGCAGAGGCGGGAGAGCACCCCGAGGUGGUGCGCAGCCAUAACUCACCUAUUUUGGAUGCAAAGCCCAAAGAGACUGGUGGCGUUCCAGGAGAAAGCACGCUGGCGGAAAGCAGCGAGUCCGCUAAGCCUGUCUCGGGCCAGGCGAGAGCAGGGAAUACGGAAGGUUCACCUGCAGUGGUAAAGGCCGAGCUCAAGACCGAAGCCGAAGCCAGCCCACCAGAAGGCAUCGCCGACAGCGUGGCUGGCUCUGCAGCUGGAGCAUGUGGCAAGGAGACUGCCAGCAGCCCAUGUGGCUAGGGGAGCACGGCGACAGCGCUGGAGACUUCUUUGGAUACCCAUUUGGGGGAUGAAAAGCACUGUGACAGCUAGCAAGGCAACACGCUACUGCUGUUGAACAGUGACAGCUGUCCAAACUGUACCUGUCAAGGCCAGCGUAAGGCUUGCUAAGUUGAAUAGCCAAUAUUUGUCUUUAAAUUACGGCUUAACGGUAACAAGCGCUCACAAAAUCAGAACGGGGAGAAUAGCUGUUAAAAGCAGUUUCAAAAUGGAAUAAUGUUGAAUGUUUACAGGGUGCAAUAACCAUUGUAUACACAAAAUAAACAUGUAUUUUUACAUUA